UUUUUCAAUUUUUCCUUGUUAUUGCUACCACAAUGAUUUGGGAGUAAAAGUCAAAUCAAUGGAAGUGGAUCCGCACGCUCUCUAAAAUAAGACAUAGAUAAUCUGUGCCUUUUAUAGAUUAGAUACUCUAUGAUUUUCUACAAUUUACACAAAAAACAAUUUGCCAAAAUUUCAUAAUUUUAGCACAUAAAAAAUAGUUGCUUCCUGUGCUGGAUCAGUUUCAAAUCUGCAAUUUCAAAACAUGUGGAAGCCAUGACCAUGUUGUCAGAAGUUGCUGUUCUGCUCUUGCUGAAUUGAUCUUGGAGUUGAAGCUAUGUUUCUUUGUUGGUGGCUGUAGUGAUUCCCUCCGCUAUCUCAUUAUUUUCAAUCAUGAUUUGAUGGACUAAAUUACCAAUUAGUUUUCUAAGAAACUUAUUUAUUAGUUUACAUUUCAAAUCAUAGUGUGACACUAAUGUUCAACAGAUAACUGAAUAAAUCUGCUAGGAAUAUCAUAUCCAUAUCAAAGACUAGAAUAUUUGGAUCAUUAAUUUGAGAUAAUUAGGAUAUAGGAAAAUGGCUCAAACACUUGAAGGUAUGAAGGGCAAAGGAGGAUCCAUCAAACUAGGAACCACUGGAACAAUCAGUUCCUUAAUGACAAGAGAAUUGGAUCAAAACUCUUCUGUAUCACACAAACAGAAGGUAUCUUCAAGAACUACUAAACCUAGAACACUUCCUGUUUCUGUUCCCUGUAGUAGUAAUACCGGUACAAGUGCGACCUCGAAAAGAUUACAACCAAGAAAGUCAUCAGAUGAAGCUAGUGGAAGUGGAAGUGGAAGUAGUAAAAAUACAAACCAUAGAAGCCAUGUUAUGUCACAGAAAACAAAAGCUAAUAGUAGUAGGAAUAAUACUCAUAGAAUACCAAUGCUAGGUUCUGCUGAUAAUUUUUCAGUGGAAAGAACUCCUAUCAGAGAGAAAAAUGAUAAAAAGAAAACUAACAUUGUUGAAGUUGUGGAUAUAAAAUGUGGCAAUGCAGAAAAGGCUUGGACUACUCCUUUAACGAGUCGUCUUAAGAAGCUCGGUUUCUCAAAGCUCUCUGAGAGCAUUAUCUAAAGCUGAAAGCUUUUCGUGUCGGACCUCAGGUUUCUGUAACUGAAAGCCGAGGUUCCGUUUGGCCUACCAUUGUCUGAUACAUCGACUAGAGAGCACAUACUUGGUAACAGCUUGCUACUUACUCGCUUUUUCUUCGUACUUUCGACUGCGGAUACAACUGUGCUUCUUGAAUUUGAGCUAUUGGAAGAACUUACAUCUGUGAUUUGAGACUUGUUCCUCUGUAACCUGUCUUGGGAAUUCGAUUCAAUCCGGCUGAAGUAAUCAAUUUCCUGCAUUAUCAAGGAUGCCACCGUGCCUCGGGUGCCUAUUUCUAUUGGAGGAAAUUCAGCCAUCUCCUUUGUGUCACUUUUGUCAAGGAUAGUUGAUUUAUGCAUGCUUUCUUUGGUUGGUAAUGAGGAGGGAGCUACUAAAUCUUCUUUUUUAAGAAGGGGUGUUUGUGGUUUUGUUCUAGUGGGGAAAAUGCAGAUACUUUGGGGCAUUUUUUUGGUUUCACAAGAAUUCUUCAUCUUAUGUUGUGUAUAUGAAAUGCAUGGCAUAAAGUUUGUGUAAUUAGGAAAUUGGUUGAUGACAUUAUGGUCACUGCAUUCAUGUGCUUGUAGUUAAAACACUCAGAUUUCUAACUACUAAACUACCCUUUUUAACUACUUUUUAAGUUACAUCAUAUUCCUAGGUACAUGCUAGCUCAUUGUUUGGGGAUUCAGGUUGUAUGUGGUCACAAAUCCUGUGUAAUCACAGUCAGCCACAUCGGUAGCUGUUGGAUCAAGAUUAAACGGUCUAGAUUUCAAACUUGUAUUUUGGAUUUAAGAAAAACAAAAAUUGCAAUGAAAUUUGGACCGUCUGAUCUUGUUUCAACGGCGACCGAUGUAGCUGACUGCAUGCUACACAAGAUUUUGACUGCACACAAUCCAAAUCUUUGUUUAGGACUAUUUGGGAGUGUGAGUGGAUUUAAUGGAAUUCAUGUGAAAGGUAAAAUAGGAAGAUCUCUUUAAUUGGCUUUUUAAGUAAGCUGGUUUUGUAUUUAGUGUCUUAAUUGGCAAGUAAUGGCAUGCUAAGUUGCUAAUUCAGUAAUGAAAGUAAGAGUACUUUUUUUCA